AUGGGAAACGAACUUACGAUCAAUACGCCGACCAAGGUUCUCGAAUCAAAUCUAAAAGUCAAGGGUGGGGAUGACGUUCACAUGGAGAAGUUAACUAUUACGAGGGAAAGAUGCAUCAAUCCCAGUCUUGUUGAUAGCUUCUUGAGAUUGCUUAGACAUAAUACAGAUGACGUGAUAAGACAGAAGCUCAAUAAUGUGGGGGGUACGAAUGAGAAGAUCAAAAGUGAAAGAUGCAAUGAAUACGUCCAUAAAGAGCUGUACUCCUGCUGGGCGGUGCGUGACAAGGUCAUCUCAUUCUGCGACAAUGAAGCAGCAUCAAUGAAAAAGGAAUUAGAUGCAAAUUAUGGUGGAACCACUGAAACUAUUACUGCUGCCUCUGACCUACGUCUGGAUCCUUAUGCUGCAAGAGAAAAACAGGAGGAAAAAGAGUUUCAUUACAAUGAUCUGAGAAAUCUACAGCGAUGGGUCCAAAACCAACGAGAAGUAGAAGGCAUACUUCAGAACACCAGCAAUCGAAUUUUACAGAGCUCAUGCGAUGCAAACACAAACUACAUCGCCCAAUUUGAAGAUUUCAGGCGAACGAUUCAAUGA